CUAGAAUAGUGUAUAUAUAAUUACUAUCUAUACUAACAAAAAAUUAUACUUUCCAGAGUUUUUUUGUUAAAAUAUUAUAAGUGUUAGAAAAUUAAAAUGUUUUCAGGUCUAAAUGCAGCACCAGCGACACCAGAACAACAAAAUUCAAAUUACCCAUCUACUGAUUCGAAGCCGAGUUAUGGACAAGUUAUUCAGCAUACAUCCAAUACUUGUCAACCAUCUUCUAAAGUGGUAGCUGAUGGUUGGAUGCCUAUUCCUCAAUCUAUACCACAAAACUGUCCAAAUGGACUUCAGUAUCUUUCAACAAUUAAUCAGUUACUUGUUAAACAACAAGUGGAAGUUUUAGAAGCCUUAUUGGGGUUUGAGACCAAUAACAAGUAUACUAUUAAAAAUAGCGCUGGUCAAAAAGUGUUUUAUGCUGUUGAAGAUAAUGAUUGUUGUACUCGAAAUUGCUACGGGCCAAUACGACCGUUUGAAAUGAAAAUUUUGGAUAACUAUAAAAAUGAAAUUAUCCAUUUAUCGAGGCCCUUAGCAUGCGAUUCCUUCUGUUUUCCUUGUUGUUUACAGAAAAUUGAAGUAUUUUCACCACCUGGAUUUUUGGUUGGAAUUGUCGAACAAGAAUGGGCAAUUUUCUCAUCAAAAUUUACCAUACGUAAUGCAGCUUAUGAAAAAGUAUUAAAAAUCAAAGGACCGAUGUGUCCUUAUAGUUUCUGUGGAGGAGAUGUUAAAUUUGAAAUAUUAUCUAAAGACAAAACCACUGUAGUUGGAUGUAUAUCCAAACAAUGGUCUGGAAUUUUAAGAGAAGCAUUUACUGAUGUCGAUUUCUUUGGUAUAACUUUUCCUAUGGAUCUUGAUGCCCGUAUGAAAGCUGUUAUGCUAGGAGCUUGUUUUUUGAUAGAUUUUAUGUUUUAUGAGAAGUGAUGGUAUUGGGCUUUGUUGACUUUGUUUUAUUCUAUCGUAUGUAUUAUGUAUAACUUUAUAAUCAAAACAGAGAUAUUCAGUAAUGUGAAUUUUUA